GUUGUUUCCCCCGGAACAAUAGCGGGCGUACGAUAACAGGAAAUCACAACAGUAGACUGGCGCUUCGAAAACUCCCUUAUUUUAGUGGUUUAAAACACCAUUAAACUCAAAACAAUAUAAGGAGAGGGGGUGCGGGGUAAUGUCAGUGUGACCUCAGGGAGUCACCAUGCUGCAAGCCAAGCUGACUGUGAGCUUCCUGAAGAGGAUUCACCACGGAGCCUGCUCCCCCUGUCUGUACCCUCUGUCAGACCGCUUCCUUCACGAGGAGGCUACCACCAGGACCAAACAUGGACUCCACUCCCACUCCAGCGUGUCAGGAAGAGGGCUUUACAGCCAGGGUGUGAUCCGUCCAUCGGUCCGACUGCGUGAUGCUCAGCACCAUGGGAGGAGAUCCUUCAGCCUGUCACCUGCUUCCAUUGUCAAUUCAGCUCCAGCUCCUGUCCAGCCAUACCUGCGGCUGAUGAGGCUCGACAAACCCAUUGGAACUUGGCUGCUGUACCUCCCGUGCACGUGGAGCAUUGCUCUGGCGUCUGACCCUGGAUGCCUUCCACAUCUGGGCAUGCUCACUCUGUUCGGUGCAGGCGCUCUGCUAAUGAGAGGAGCCGGCUGCACCAUCAACGACAUGUGGGAUAAAGACUUUGACACAAAGGUGUCCAGGACAGCCACUCGACCCAUCGCCUCGGGGGAAAUUUCUCGAAUGCAGGCACUGGUCUUCUUGGGAGGGCAGCUCUCUCUUGCACUCGGGGUUCUGUUGUGUCUCAACAACUACAGCAUCGCUCUGGGCGCUGCCUCAUUGUCUCUUGUUGUCUCCUAUCCACUGAUGAAGAGGAUCACGUACUGGCCACAGUUUGUGUUAGGCCUCACCAUUAACUGGGGGGCGCUGCUCGGCUGGUCUGCGGUUCAAGGCUCCUGUGAUUGGUCCGUGUGCCUCCCGCUGUAUUUCUCAGGACUGAUGUGGACACUGAUCUACGACACCAUAUAUGCACAUCAGGAUAAGGAAGACGACAUCAAGGUGGGAGUCAAAUCUACUGCGCUGAGGUUCCAGGAGCAAACCAAACCUUGGCUGAGCGGCUUUACGGUGGCCAUGAUGUCAGGACUGGUCGUAGCUGGUGUCAAUGCUGAACAGACUCUCCCUUACUAUGCUGUACUGUCCGCAGUGGCCGUCCACCUAACACACCAGAUUUACACACUGCACAUCAACAAACCAGAGGACUGCUGGAAGAAAUUCGUCUCAAACAGAAACCUCGGACUGUUGUUAUUUUUAGGGAUUGUUGCUGGAAAUCUAUGGAAAGAAAGAAGAGAGACUUUGCUGCAAAAUGAAGAUACGCUCAGAUAAGUGAAAAUCAAUGCACAGUAUAUUUAAUUUAAUUUACAGUACAUCACAUACAGUACUUCAUCAUUGAAGUGUCUUUUAAUAUUUUUACAAAGCUCCGUAAAUGAUUAAAAGAGUUUCUUUAAGCUUAACUCACACAAUCAAUAUCUUCCUCAUAAAAUAUAAUUUAUUGUUGUUGACCUUCAUCACUCAUAACUAUGGAUGAGCAGUUGUUGUUCAUAUAGAUGCAAAUAUACGCCUUAAACCUUCGUUCAUUUUGACCACCAGGGAGCAGUAUGAUACAACAUACAAAUUUUCUGCAAGUCUCCGGUUUAUCAACUGUCACAGUUUGUUUUUAUGAGGCUGUGGAAAGAAUUCUGUCACCCCAACAAUCUGCUGAGCGUGCAGGCUGCAGAACCGAGCCCGAACCACAUCUGCAGGGCCGAGGGCCCUUCUCAUGUUUACUACUCUUUGCUGCUCUUGCUAAUUAUUUCAGUGACAAUAUAAAACAUCACUUUCUGCAUGUUUAAAGUUGAAAAGUCUACUUCAAUUGACGUAGACAGAUGUGAUUCAUAUUUUAAAUAUUAUAACUUUCACCGGUGAAAUCCAGUUCACUUAGCAGUAGUGUUGUCUGAGACGUUGCAAUAAAGUUUGACUUCCAAAGAUUUCCAUUA